UGCUUCAUAUAAUUAAAUUGGUUAAUAAAUUGUGACAUGUUGGAAAAAUGCAUAUAUAGGAUUUCUGAAGAUAAAUUGCCAACAAAUUGUUACAAAUAAUUUAAAAUGAACACCCAGUGGAAAAAUUUAGAUAAAUUACAUCUCAAUAAAGAACAGCUACUUAUUCUGCAGCAGGCAUUGAAUAAAAUAUUAGACACAAAUUUAUUAAAUGAGCCUAAAUCAAAAAAUAUAGAUAGUUCUACUACUUCCGAUAAAGAGCAUAGUAUGAAACAUGAUUAUGCAUGCAGCAGGCAAAAUACAUAUUGUAAUGAAGUAAAUGUGGAUGUUGAAGCAACAAAAAAACAGUACCAAUAUAAAGAAAAUAUUUCAUCUAAAUUAUCUAGUGACAGUAAUUUUGAGCCUUCUAAUUCAAAGAAAAAUUCAAGUGCACAAAAUAGUUUAAAAAAAGAAAAUACGAAUGUAGAAAAGCAUAUUAAAAAAAGAAAUGCAAAAAAACAAGGCAAUACUGGUGGUAAACUAAUAAGAUUUAUGGAAAAAUUGAAAAUUAAAGACCUAAACGCCAAAGAAUAUAAAAUUCUUUCUGAAUUUAGUCAUUAUUUCAAUCUAGCAAUAUUGUUUUCAAAACAAACAUUUAUAGUUUUAAAGAAUGUAGUUUUCUUUUUUGGAUGUUUGAUUUUAAUGCUUGCUAUUCUAGCACUUAAAGUGUUAUGGUUUUUGGUAAUCAAUUUGCUUAGAUUUAUGAUUAUUAUUUUUAUUCUUGCGUUAGCUUGGAGCAGUAUAAAAAUUAACCAUCUUUGGUGUGUUAUAAAUAACAAGUUUGAUAUAUGGAAUAGAAUGAAAAAGUUUUUUUCAGCAUCUUUAAACCUUACAGAGUUAUUAGUUGGCAUUAAUUUGCGUAAGUUUGUAAAGACAAAAGUGGCUGAUAAUGAAGAUUUAUUUACUGGUGUACUUCCAAGUACAUCAAAAGAAGCUAUUCAGUAUUUACUGAAGCAAAAAGAAAAUCGACCUUUUAAGACUCUUUGUGUUAGUACAACAGCUUCAGGUGAAAUGAUUCGUUCAAAUUACAGAGCAAUUGCUCGUUUGGUGCAUCCUGAUAAAUGCGAUGACCCAUCAGCAGCAGAAGCUUUUAAAAUUCUAGAUGCAGCUUUCAAGAAAAUAUAUGAUGAAGACUCUCGUUUAAAACAAAGUGAAAAAGAAGAAAUGGAACGGCAACAUGAAGAAUUAAAUCGCCAGUUUGAAAACUCUGAAUUAAAAAGUUUUAUUGAUAAACUUAUGAAUACAAUACCUUGUACCAGUUGUGGCGGAAAACACCGGAAAACAUUACAAGAAAAUCGAAAACAUACUCAAGGUAGGUACUGUGGUGAGUGCAAGGACCAUCAUUUAGCAAAUGAUGGUGAUGUAUGGGCUGAAUCAAAUUCAUUUGGUGUUUCAUGGAUUUGCUAUGCAUGUUUUAAUAACCAAAUUUAUGAACUAACAGAAUGGGCUAAAUGUAACAGAUUGCAUCAAUCGCUUCAAGUCAAUACGCACCAAGUAUAUUGCAGGCUAGGCAGUGUGAAUUUAAAACAACAAAAUAGAAAAAAGUUUCGUGAAACUGAAAGUUCUGAUUCAUUUAAAGCAAAACAUAAAAAAGGAAGAAAAAACAGAUAAAAUCUGAAGUUUCAAUUACUUUGUGGAGUUAUUCAAAAAAUGACUAAAAGCUAACCAUGAUUAAACAAGAAACUGACUAGUUCAUAUCAUUAGAGAAUAUACAAUUCUGUAUGUAUCAAAUUUAGCAUCAUCUCAUUUCACUUUCAGAAGUAGUCUUGUUUAUUGUACUUGAUUGCUACAUUGCUGCAGCUGCCUAAAUUGUGUAUAGAAAACACUACCAUUGAACUGAUAAAGUGAAAUGAAAUUUUUUAUCAAGAUUUUAAAAUAUGUUUUUCUUUUUAUCUUUUUUAUGGAUUUAGAAAUAGAUGGUUGAGAUGGAUCCAAAUAUAAAAUAUCUGUAAACACAAUAUUUGUUAUUUGAAAAAUGGAGUGCUCUUAUAGAUUUUCAAAUCAAAUUUCAACGACGCUUGAUUCAAUUGUAAUUGUCUUGAAUGUUUGUAUAACAUUAUAAAGAUAUUUUGGGUUACUUUGUAUAUAGAAAGAUAUUUCAUCAAUGAAUACAAUAAUAAUAUAAAUAUAUUUAA